CAGGAAGCUGUGGAACUGUAACCACAGGUACUUUCAUCUUGGCUUGUGCUUUCUUAGGGCACAAAGGAAACCCAUGCUGAUUCCCUCCUCCAGGAGAAAACAAGCUGGGAGAGAGGGUAGGACCCACUCACCCCACCCACCACAGAGGGCACUACAAAUGCCCUGUGAGAGCUGACACUCCACAGCUUUGUGCUGCGGAGAGAAUUCCUGCAGGGACACCAUGGCCCAGUGCCUUCUACUUCUUGCUUGCAUGCUGUUCUUGGCUCCCCCAAGUCAAUCCGUGCAUAUCCAAUCCCUAAACAUCUUCAAGAAGUCUCCCUCCAACACUUCGUCGAGUGCUCUGAAGAAAACCAAUUGGCCCAAGGACUGCAGUGAGAUCCCCUCUGGCAGCCCCAGCGGUGUCUAUGUCAUUGAGCCCACAGGGCUGCACCCCAUCUUGGUGUACUGUGAGAUGAAUAUGAUGGGCGGGGGCUGGACGGUCAUCCAGAGGAACCGGCAGGACACGGAGAUCACAUGGGCCGAGUCCUGGCUCACCUACAAGUACGGCUUUGGGAACGUGCACACCGACUACUGGCUGGGCACUGAGUACAUCCAUCAAAUCACCAAGCAGAAGGUCUACCAGGUCAGCUUUGUCAUCUGGGAUGCCACAAACGACAUCAAGUUUGCAAACUACAACCUCUUCAGCCUGGAUGAUGAGUCCCAGGGCUACCGGCUGCGGCUGGGGGCGUACUCGGGGACGGCAGGGGAUGCCAUGGACUCAGAUAACCCCAGAAAGGUGCACAACAACAUGAAGUUCUCCACAAAGGAUCGGGACCAGGACACGUACAGAAGGAACUGUGCCUACAGCUACGGGGGUGGGUGGUGGUACUCAGCGUGUUAUUCCGUACAGCUGAACGUCAAAGGGGCCAUAACAUGGGGCAGCCUCUGCAGCAGGAACUGCAAAGCUUCUGCCAUCCUCAUCAAACCAGCUGUGUACCAUUAGUGCUUCUUCCUCCUCUUGUCUGCACAUGGCCAGACCAGUACUGUACUGGUAACCUGGUAUGGGUACCAGUACAGACCCUGCAGGGCCUGUUUUCCUGGCUGGGGGUGAAAAGGGUUGUUCCUGUAUAUCAAGAGCUGUUUUCUUUUCCUCUUAUCUUGAAAAAGCAGCAAAGCUCCUUGCUUUGUCUGAUCUUUCACCUGUGGUGGGUCUUUAGGGAUCACUGUUAGAACAAGUCUUUAUAAACACAGCGGUUUCCAAGCAUGUUCCUUCGGAGGGUGGGGGAGAAACAGUGCUCAGAAACCUAAAAAUCUCCUGAUACAGAAAGGUCUUAUUCUAUUUUUGCUUUGAGGGGUUAGACGGCUUCAGCAGAAAUCAGUCAUCAUUAACCAACCUGAUCCGAGCUGCUCUGAGCCACGGCCGCCCGCACACACUCAUUGUCCCUGCAGCAGUCUGGGAUCAGCCUGCAGAGCAAAAUUGCAUUCAGAACUUGCACAGACGUUCUUCAUUUCAUAGAAUCAUGGAAUGGUUUGAGUCAGAAAGGACCUUAAAGCCCAUCCAGUCCCACACCCUGCCAUGGGCAGGAACACUUCCCUUUGGAUCAGGCUGCUCCAAGACCCAUCCAACCUGGCCUUGAACACCUCCAGGGAUGGGGCAGCCUCCUCCUCCUAAGAUCUCAUCUCAGUCUCCCCUCUUGCAGCUUCAAACCAUUCCCCUCAUCCUCUCCCUGCCCUCCCUGAACAAGAGGCCCUCCCCAGCUUUCCUGGAUCCCCUUUCAGUGCUGGAAGCUGCUCUAAGGAGUCCCCACAGCCUUCUCUUCUCCAGGGUGAACAACCCCAAAUCUCUCAGCCUGGCCUUGUGUGGGAUGUGCUCCAGCCCUUGGAUCAUCUCCGUGGCCUCCUCUGGACUCGCUCCAACAGCUCCACGUCCUUCCUGUGCUGGGCACUCCAGAACUGGACACAGGGCUCCAGGUGGGGUCUCACCAGAGUGGAGCAGAGGGGCAGAAUCCCCUCCCUCCCUGCUGGUCCCACUGCUUUGGAUGCAGCCCAGGGCACGGUUGGUUUCUGGGCUGUGAGCUCAUGUUUCCAGCUCCAGUUGACCUUCUCCCCCACCACCCUAAGUCCUUCUCCUCAGGGCUGCUCCCAAUCCGUUCUCCAGCCAGGCUCUAACUGUGCUUGGGUUUGCCCCAACCCAAAUGCAUUCGUUUGGGAAAUUCUCGCAGCUCCUCCCAGUUCCUUGCCAGGAGCAAACCCAAAGGUUCUUGUGCAGUAAGAAAAGAUUUUCAAAGGGAAAAGACUCAAACAAGGAAUUAA